UGACUCUGGUACUUUCUUUGGAAAGUGAAGAUACACAUCCAAAUCAUAUAAGAAUUACAAUGGAAGAAACCAUAAUAUUAGGACAAACAAUUGAUCCUCUGGAACUUGUUAAAUUUCUAAAAAAUAUUGAUAUUUCAACAAUAGACAAACCUAUAAACCUAUUUAACCUUUCAUUACUAAUCCAACAAAUGUAUAAAGAAGCAUCAUCAACAGUUAGCACGAUUCAAGAAUCAUCAGAAACAUUGUUGUCAUCAUCAAAUCAUCAUUGUGUUUAG